AUGAAUUUCAUAAAAAACGCUUUAUUUUAUUUAUUGCUGCAAAUUUUUGAAGUGAAAACUAUAGGCAGUGCUGAAAACUUGGAACAGUGUGUGACAAAAGUGGGAAGUUCACUUUCAGACUCAUAUGAAAGCACAAAAAAUUUAUUAAAGUUGAUCGAUCAAAGUUCUGUUAUACUUAAAGCAUUUUGCAGUGGAAAUUUAAUGAACAUUGCAGAUUCAAGCAGUAACGAUGACGAAAAAACGAGAGAGUUAAAGGAAUCGGAGAAGAGCUUUGAGCUAGAAAAUGAUGAUUAUUAUGAUGACUAUUACUUCUAUAAAAACGGCGGGGAGGAGAAACUCAAGUUAUUGAUGACAUUCACGCCGAUAACUAUUUUUAAAGGAACAAGCAUUUUGCGAGAACUCGAAUCAUUCAACACUCAAGAGUAUUUUCUCAUUAAAGGACAACUCAAUGCAACUUUAGUCCUUGGGCAGAGCGACAAAAUUCAAUAUCAGAAAAAGUGUUACAGCAAUCAAAGUAUUAAUGAACAACUCCAAAUAUUGAACGAGAAUCAUUUGAUUGAACGGCAGAUUCGCACAGUUGUUCCUGGUCAACUUAUAUUAUUCGGAAAAUUGGACCAAAAAAAUGGUCAAUCGAGGCAACGUCUGGUAGCAAAAACUAGUGGCAUUGUUCGAUGGAAUUCACAUCUGGAAAAUUUCAUCUGGAAUAAUCUUGGAUGGAGUAGUUGGGGAAAAUGGAGUCCGUGUUCAUCAUCAUGCAAAGGCAUUCAACAGCGUUAUCGUCAUUGUCUGAAGAAGAAGCAGAACAAAAGCAACGAAGAAAUGAGUGACGAGAACGACUAUGAAUCAGCAGGAUCACGAAAUGCAAUUCAGCAUUUGUGUAAUGGAUACAACAUUGAACAACGUGAUUGUAAUUUGUUUGAAUGCAAAGACGCUGUUAAUCUUUUGUCAUUGGUGAAUGACACGAAGUUGAACAUGGCCGCGAUAAGUGCCCACAUCAAUCAAGCUUUCUUUGGAAAAGAUUUCACUAUCAUGUUUACAAUUAGAGCCAAGGUCAACAGACAUAUGCAGAUCUAUGACAAUGAACAUCUGAUAUCAUUUAGAUCAUCGUCCAAUGAACAUUCUAGUCUAACAAUUACUUUGAUUGAUACUGGUAUUAAAGUGGUCCAAGAAAAAGAUGGAACAUCUGAAAUGUUUGACAUUAAAUUAAAGUUCUUUGACUUGCAUUGGCAUCAAAUUGCUUUCAGUUUUCGCAAUGAUGGUUUAAUAACUUGCUUUGUCGAUUGCAACUGGGACAGUUCAUUUAUUAUGGCAAAAGGUUCAUUUGAAGUACCACCGGAUGUUCGCAUCGAAAUGAAUUCUAAAUUAAGAGACUUAAUUGAAUGGAAGCAAUUAAGUUUGGUUUUGGGGAACCAUGAACGCGCACAAUGUUCCAGCGAAAGAAAGUUGAUUUUUGAUAACAAUAAACUUUUAGAGAAAUUGUUCAAUGAUGAAGCAAAUUAAUCAGAUUGUUCUCUCUUGCGUCUUUUAGAGUGAGUGAGAAAUUUGUUUUGUGGGCUCAUGGGGUGAAAAAAAAUUUGCGAUGGGGUGUCGCUUGAUUGACUUUAUAUUUAUUCGUCAUCCGUCCGUAACAAAAAAUAAAGUUUCUUAAAGGAUCGGAAUGUUUUUAUCCAACAAUGAAAAUCUACAACAGUAAUCUUAGGAUUCAAUGUUUGAGCUCCAUAAACAUAAAGAAAGGCACACAAAGGAAAAGAAAAAAGGGUGGCAAUCA